ACGGUAAUUGCAACUGUAAUUACUAAUUAACUUACCAACAUAACCUGGAACUGAAAAUCAACAUAAAAUUAAAAACCGCGAUAUCUCCAAUAUCAAGAGGCAUCAUAGGCACAGCCAGCGAGAUCGCCCACAGUUUUCCUUCCAUUUCCAUCCUCCAAUCUAAAAAUUCCUCUUCUCUAUUUGAUUUUGAUGGCAUACAGCUUCGAUUAAUUGUAAAAUCCGCAAAAUGUCCACCGCGACCUCCACAAUUAACACCAGGGUCCCCACCUCCACUCCAUCCUCCGAUGACAUCGUCGACACGACGCCGUUGCUUUCCGCUUCCUCCCAUGGCGAAUCCGGGAAUAAUUCCGACCGUAGAUUCCCCCGCCAUCAAGCCCUCCGCGAUGCCGCGCGGUUCUUUCGUCGAGCCAGCAGUCGUCGCUUGAUGCGGGAGCCUUCGAUGCUGGUGCGCGAGACGGCCGCGGAGCAGCUCGAGGAGCGGCAGAGCGACUGGGCUUAUUCGAAGCCUGUGGUGAUUCUCGACAUCAUCUGGAACUUCGCGUUUGUGGCGGUGGCUGUGGCGGUGCUGAUAUUAAGCAGGAAAGAGCAUCCCAGUAUGCCCUUGAGGCUGUGGAUUAUUGGUUAUGGGUUGCAGUGCGUUUUGCAUAUGGUUUGCGUGUGUGUAGAGUAUAGGAGGCGGCGGAGGAGGCGAGUGGGGUUUGGAGGGGUGGAGCCAGGGCUUGGAAGUAAUGGGAAUUCGAGUUCCGGGUCGAGAGGGGAUUAUGGGGAGUAUGUUUCGUUGGCUCAACUGGAGGAAGAUGGAACCAGUGUUGCAAAGCAUCUGGAAUCUGCGAACACAUUGUUUUCUUUUAUCUGGUGGAUCAUUGGGUUUUACUGGGUGUCUGCUGGCGGCCAAGCUUUGGCUCGUGGCUCCCCUCAACUCUACUGGCUUUGCAUAAUUUUUCUUGGUUUUGAUGUGUUCUUUGUCGUUUUCUGUGUUGCUCUGGCAUGUGUCAUCGGCAUUGCUGUUUGCUGCUGUCUUCCAUGUAUUAUUGCAAUCUUGUAUGCUAUUGCAGACCAGGAAGGAGCAUCUAAGGAAGACAUCGAUCAGCUCUCAAAAUUCAAAUUCCGCAGAACUGUUAAUAGUGAGAAACUUGUUGGCGAGGCACAAGGACCUCUGGGUGGGAUAAUGACUGAAUGUGGUACAGAUUCACCAGUUGAACAUGUUCUUUCAGAGGAGGAUGCGGAAUGUUGCAUCUGCCUUUCUGCUUAUGACGAUGGAGUUGAGCUAAGGGAACUUCCUUGUGGUCACCACUUCCACUGUCCCUGUGUCGAUAAGUGGCUGUACAUUAAUGCUACCUGCCCUCUCUGCAAGUACAAUAUCUUGAAGAGUAGCAGCCGAGAUAGAGAGGAAGUGUAGAAGGAUUGAAAAUAAUGUUGCGAGUCUGUGGACUUUGCAUUUGGUUCUAGCUUGGGGAGUUGUUCAAUGCACAACAUGCCAUUAGACUAAAUACAGAGUUUUAUAUUCUUCUUGUUGUUGAUAUAGUUAUGGCUAUUGUAGUGGUGGUGGCACUCUCUGCUCUGGCUUGUGAAAAUGCAUGUGUAUAUUGAUGUUGCUGGGGGCAUCUGAUGCUAACCUCAUUGGAGGCACUUGUUUGCUUGUCUUCUGAUUUAAUUUCUUCGCCCUACCCUCUUUUCUGUUAUUUAGGGAACAAAUUAUAGAUUUAUGUAUACUACUCCCCAAAGGUUAUUCCUGUGUUGUCAGCAUUCGGAAUGUUUAAGGGUUCUUGUUGAAUCUGUAAAAGAUGUUUUGCUAUAGGAAUAAGAUAAGGUUCGCUCCUUAAAUUUGUUGGAUUA